GUGAAUGCUGAGAAGGGUCAACGAGUUCCACAUUGUGAGCGCGGCACAAUUCAUUUCUGUUGAUGAGACAAAUCUGAUUAUCAUUAUUUUUAGUUUCUUCCUGAGAGCUUUCAUUGGAGUCUUUCAUACUCCCCCAUCUUUGAAGAUUAUUACGACAACAGAUUUUGGUCGUAGGUAUCCUAGAAAAAAUUGAUAGACUAGAACCAACAUGGCUGGAAUCCUGUUUGAAGAUAUUUUUGAUGUGAAAGACAUUGACCCAGAUGGGAUGAAGUUUGACAGAGUGUCUCGACUUCACUGUGAAAGUGAAUCUUUCAAGAUGGACCUCAUACUUGACGUGAACAUUCAGAUCUACCCUGUGGACCUUGGGGACAAGUUCAGGUUGGUGAUAGCAAGUACACUUUAUGAAGAUGGAACUCCAGAUGAUGGGGAAUACAAUCCAACAGAUGACCGCCCUUCAAGGGCGGAUCAGUUUGAUUAUGUAAUGUACGGAAAGGUGUAUAGAAUUGAAGGAGAUGAGACGUCUACAGAAGCGGCCACUCGUCUUUCUGCAUACGUUUCUUAUGGUGGGUUGUUGAUGAGACUACAGGGUGAUGCCAACAACUUGCAUGGAUUUGAAGUGGACUCACGGGUCUACCUUUUAAUGAAGAAGCUUGCUUUCUAAACAUGGCUUACAGUUUUUCUGUGUGGACUCAAAAUACAGUGCAUUUGAAUAUCCGGAAAGACAAUAUCUCUUGAGGAUCAUGGACUUGCAUCUUUGUGGAUGUGUUUUUUUUUUUUUUUUGUAGAAAUACCUGGGAUUUAUCUCUCUUUUUUCGUAAUGUAAUUACAAAUUACAAAUCAAUACUGUUUGUGGUAAACCCUGUAAAUAAUAAUAAUAAAAAAAGUUUUAUAUA